UGGUUAAUGUACCACUAACACACAAAGAGCGAGAUGCACUCAUCCAACCCGCUCACAACGAAUUCAACAACACAAUAGAAAUUUGUGUCUGAGUUGAGAUGAUCACAGAGAGAAACAUGCUGCUGAGAUGAUUCUUCACACUGAUUGUUCUUCCUAACAAGUUCUCAGAAUCGAUCUGUUCACUUUUUGUCUGUUCAUAUUUGAUGGAUGUUUGAGAAGGGAAUUGACCGGGGCUUUGCAGUGGAAUCGCUCGACCCUGCUGCUGCAUAUUUCCAGGGUUAAUUAGCGUGAUGUUGGAGUGUUAUUGCGGUGCAGUUAGAUGAAGGAAGGCUGCUGUGACCCACGGCGUCGUACUCAGCACUCGCAGUCAGGAGGAAUACACCGCUUUAGAUUAACCCUCACUGUUCUGAAAUUCCUGCGUCUUAUUACUUCAUGGAACGUUCUGUAUUUAAAGCAUCACACAGAACACACACUACAUCAGAGAUGAAGAUGAGACUGACUGAAGACAGGACAAAGAGAUCCAUCGCUCCUCAGAUAGACCCCUGGUGAAAGAAAAAAAACACAACAAACAUCACAUCUUGUACCUUAUUAGAUAAUGUCUAGGUUCUUAGGUUUCCUGAAUUUCUACUGAGAGAAAAACCUUUCUGUUUAUUUACCAGAAAACUUUGAAUAAAAACUUGGUUUCCAGAGAGUCCUGGGAAUUGAACUGUGGACCCCUUCCUUCUAUGGCCUAGAAACCUUCAAAACACUGAGACGAUGAGGUUGUAUUUAGGAGUCCACUUGGUGCUGUUGGCUUGGUGCUGUGGAGUUUUAUCGUACGGUCCUCGUCAGAGAGCUCAGAAGACCGGGGACAUUCUGCUGGGGGGUUUGUUCCCGAUACACUUCAGAGUAGCUUCCAAUGACCAGGACUUGGCUGCUAAACCAGAAUCCACCGAAUGUGUGAGGUAUAACUUCCGUGGAUUUCGUUGGCUCCAGGCCAUGAUUUUUGCCAUUGAGGAAAUCAACAACAGUUCUACACUUUUACCCAACAUCACUCUGGGGUACAGUAUAUUCGAUACCUGUAACACUGUCUCCAAAGCCCUGGAGGCCUCACUGAGCUUUGUGGCUCAGAAUAAGAUUGACUCGUUGAACUUGGAUGGGUUUUGUAACUGCACUGGGAACAUCCCGUCAACCAUCGCCGUGGUCGGGGCGUCCGGAUCGGCGGUGUCUACAGCUGUGGCUGAUCUUGUCGGUCUCUUCUACAUCCCACAGAUCAGCUAUGCUUCUUCAAGUCGCCUUCUGAGCAAUAAGAACCAAUACAAGUCUUUCAUGAGGACUAUUCCGACUGACGAGUACCAGGCCAUCGCCAUGGCAGCCAUCAUCGAUCACUUUCAGUGGAAUUGGGUCAUCGCCAUCGCAUCGGACGACGAAUACGGCCGUCCUGGUAUAGAGAAAUUCGAGAACGAGAUGUUUGAGAGGGACAUCUGCAUCGACCUCAAUGUGCUGAUCUCUCAGUACCUGGAAGAAGCCGAGAUUAUCCGCAUUGCGGACCAGAUCCAGAACUCCACUGCUAAAGUUAUCGUCGUGUUUGCUAGCGGGCCUGAUGUUGAGCCUCUGGUUAAGGAGAUGGUGAGGCGUAACAUCACAGACCGUGUGUGGUUAGCGAGCGAAGCGUGGGCUCUGUCGAGCCUCGUGGCCAAACCAGAGUACCUGGAUGUCAUGGGUGGGACGAUCGGCUUCGCGCUGCAAGCAGGACAGAUCCCCGGAUUCAAGAAAUUCCUGCAGCAGGUACAUCCGAAAAAAUCCCUACAUAAUGAGUUUGUGCGAGAGUUUUGGGAAGAGACCUUCAACUGUUACUUGGUGGACAGCGUGAGAAAGGAGGACAGCGAGAAUGGCAGCGCAGGCUUCAGGCCGCUUUGCUCGGGCGAGGAGGACAUCACGAGUGUUGAGACACCGUACCUGGACUACACCCACCUGAGAAUCUCCUAUAACGUCUACGUAGCGGUUUACGCCAUAGCCGAAGCGCUGCAGGACAUUCUCACUUGUAUGCCUGGGACAGGACUCUUCGCUAAUGGAUCCUGUGCUGAUAUUCGAAAAGUGGAGGCGUGGCAGGUAUUAAAGCAGUUGAGGCAUCUGAAGUUCCAGAACAGUCUGGGCGAGAGAGUUCGCUUUGACGAGAGCAGCGAACUUGCUGCCAACUACACUAUCAUGAACUGGCACCGUUCACCUGCAGACGGCUCAGUGGUGUUCAGGGAGGUCGGCUACUACAGCGUCAGCGGCAAGAAGGGAGCCAAACUCUCCAUAGACAAAACAAAAAUACUGUGGAAUGGAUAUUUGACUGAGGUACCGUUUUCGAACUGUAGUGAGGAGUGUGAGCCUGGCACCAGGAAGGGCAUCAUCGAGGGCAAACCCACCUGCUGCUUCGAGUGUACCGAGUGCUCUGAUGGAGAGUAUAGUGAACAUAAAGAUGCCAGUGUUUGUACCAAAUGUCCCAGCAAUUCUUGGUCCAACGGGAACCACACUUCCUGUUUCCUAAAGGAGAUCGAGUUUCUGGCAUGGUCGGAACCUUUUGGGAUCGCUCUGUCCCUGCUCGCCGUACUUGGCGUUCUCCUGACGUCCUUCGUGAUAGGCGUGUUUGUGCGAUUUCGGAACACACCCAUAGUCAAGGCUUCCAACAGAGAGCUGUCCUACCUGCUGCUUUUCUCAUUGAUCUGCUGUUUCUCCAGUUCGCUCGUGUUCAUCGGUGAACCUCAGGACUGGACGUGUCGUCUGCGUCAGCCUGCGUUCGGAAUCAGCUUUGUCUUGUGCAUUUCCUGCAUCCUGGUGAAGACCAACCGGGUUCUUCUGGUGUUCGAAGCCAAGAUUCCCACCAGCCUCCAUCGAAAAUGGUGGGGUCUGAACCUGCAGUUUCUUUUGGUCUUUCUGUUCACCUUUGUGCAGGUGAUGAUCUGCGUGGUGUGGCUGUACAACGCUCCGCCGGCGAGUUUCAGAAACUAUGACAUCGAUGAGAUCAUCUUUAUAACCUGCAAUGAAGGCUCCAUGAUGGCUCUCGGCUUCCUGUUCGGCUAUACCUGCCUCCUGGCAGCAGUCUGCUUCUUCUUUGCCUUCAAGUCUCGGAAGCUGCCAGAGAACUUCACGGAGGCCAAGUUCAUCACCUUUAGCAUGCUCAUCUUCUUUAUCGUCUGGAUCUCCUUCGUCCCCACCUACUUCAGCACUUACGGGAAGUUCGUCUCUGCUGUGGAAGUCAUCGCCAUCCUCGCAUCCAGCUUCAGCUUGCUCGCAUGCAUUUUCUUCAAUAAGGUCUACAUCAUCUUGUUCAAGCCUUCCAGAAACACCAUUGAGGAAGUUCGAUCCAGCACGGCGGCUCACGCCUUCAAAGCGGCCGCCAAAGCCACGCUGAGGCAAAGCUCCGCCUUCAGGAAGAGGUCCAACAGCGUGGGCGGGUCCUCUGCUUCCUCACCGUCCUCGUCCUUCUGCAUGAAGACGAAUGAGAAUGAAGCAGCCACACCCACCGGGCAGAGGCGGAGCCAGAGGCCCAGGGUGAGCUUCGAGAGCGGGACAAUGAAUCUGUCGCUCACUUUCGAGGAGGCAAGAAAAAACUAAACUUAAAUCAUGAAUCAUCAUCAUCAUGAACUAACUACAACCAGUAGCUGUUUUAUCAAGUUGAUUUACACUGCAGAUCACAUUAUAUACAGUGUACAGUUAGCAACUAUCUCAUGUUGGAUGGCAUAAAGUAUUGGCACACUAUCUGCAUACUGAACAGAUACUAUUUGGGUGGAGGUUUAUUACGUGUUCUUUAGAAGUGACAUUUGGAAAAUUAUGAUUUGCAUGAAGCUUAAAAUGGAAUGUGGCGUGAUCCUGGACUUGUUCACUCACAGUCAAUGCAAAUGCUUAUAGUUUUGUUUCGGAUCUGCAUUUAAUACUAUUAACUGCAUUGUUGUGGUGUAACAGACAAAAGAAAAAGCGUUUAAAUGUGUGUGUAACAAUUUCUAUAAAGCCUGUAGUUACUGUAA